AUGGCCGCCACCGGUCCCUCUCCGCUCCCCCCCACCGAGAUCCUCUCCUCGAAGCCCAUCUCGCAACAGGCCGCGCAUGACUUCCUGGCCGCCUACUUCGAGCGCGCAAACAUCGACCCUGCGUACCAGCCCAGCGCGGGAAUCAGCGAACAUGGCCCUGUCUCUCGCUCCACGGCUGCUGCGCCGAAUCUCAUCCUCCACAAUCUGAAGCGUGUCCAGGCAGGUUUGGCUGGCGAGGUGCUCGGGCGCGAUCUUUCCCUGGCGAACCUCAAUGGCGAGAGCGCCGAUGCCACGCUGCAGACGAAGAACGCUCCCGCAGGUGAAGGUGACUGGGAGGAUGCGAAAAAAUUCGAGCUGGAAGCGUUUGUCCCGGUUCAGGACGAAGAUCCUACGCCUAAUAUGGAUGUGGAUGCCGCCGAGCCCGCUCAAGACGGAGCCAUCGACAAGGAAGAGAGAAAGAGGAAGAAGAAAGAGCGCAGAUUAGCAGAGAAGAAGGCCAAAGCGAAGGCGGAGGCUGCCUAA